UUACAAUUAACUGAUGAAGAUGAAGUAGAUGAUGGAGAAGAAACUACAGAAGAAGAUAUAAUUAUCCCAAAUUCACCAAUUCAAGCUUCAAGAAAUACUCGUUCAAUAAGAAGAAUUCAUUCACUUUGUCAAACUACUAAAGAAAUUGAAAGUUUUGUACCAAUGGAUGAUAAUUCUCAUUUAAAGAAUACUACUAUUCAUACAUUUUCAGUUGAAAAUGAUUUAUUACCAAGAAUUGAUGAGACUGAAUUAUAUAAAAUUUUAAAAGGUGAACAUAAAAAUGCCUUUGAUAAAUGUGUUAUAGUUGAUUGUCGAUUUGAUUAUGAAUUUGAAGGUGGACAUAUCGAUGGAGCUCUUAAUAUUUCUACUAAAGAAGAAAUUGAAAAGGCAUUCAUUAAUAAUAUUAAAUCAACUAAUGAUAAUUUAAAAACUCUUUAUGUAUUUCAUUGUGAAUUUAGUAUAUUUAGAGGUCCAACAAUUGCUAGUCAUUUAAGAAAAUGUGAUCGACGCUUUAAUCGUGAUGUUUAUCCUUAUCUUUCAUAUCCUGAUAUUGUUAUAUUAGAAGGAGGUUAUAAAAAAUUUUAUAAUACUUAUCGAGAUUUAUGUUUCCCUCAAGGUUAUAUUGAAAUGAGAGAUGUAAAUCAUGAAAAACAUUGUGAGAAUAGAAUGGAACAAGUUCGAUUAGAUAGUAAAUUAACUAGAGCUAAAUCUUUCAAUCAAUAUGAUAAUUUCUUUGAAAGUCCUGAUAAUUAUUCAUCAACUCCUAAUUUACCUUUACCAUUUACUCAUCAUAGAUCUCAAUCUUAUACAACUAUUACUAGUGAAAAGAUUUUAAAGAGGCAAAGAUCAAAUUCCAAAGUUAAAACAUUAUCUAGUUCAUCUAUUAGAUUAAGUAGAGCUUCAACAUUUUCUUAUGAUCAAACUAUCUUUAAUUCAAAUCCUUCAUCAUCUCCACUUCCAUUUCAUCUUAAUAAUGGAUCAUCAGGAUCAGGAUCAGGAUCUUCAAAUAAUAUUCAAGAUGGAGAAUCAUUAUUUUUACCACCAUCAACAUCAUUUAGUAAAUCAUCGAAUAGUAGUUCUCAUAGAAAAUCAUAUUCAUCAUGUGCAUCAUUAAAUUCAUCAUCUUCAUCAGUUAAUUUUUCAGAUAGUAAUAAUGGAUUAUUUUCAUCAACUGAAUCAUUAAGUGAUUCAUCUCCAAUGUUAGAAUUCCCCGAAUAUUUUGAUUCAAAAGGUACACUUAUUAGACAUAAUAGUCUAAAUAUUUGUAAACCAUUAAAUAAGAAACCUUCAGGUCCAGUACCUGCUUUACCAAAUAGAGUAAUGUCAAAUUCUAUGACUAUUGCUAAUAAUAAUCAUCCAAAUUCUAAUUUUAAAUUUCCUAAUACAAUAAAAUCUAAACCAAGUAGAUUAAGUCUUAAUAAUAGACAUCAAGGAAAUAGUACUCCUGUAGGGAUUUCUUCAAAUAUUGGUACACCAGCCAAUGUAUCUAAUAAAUUUACUAAUAAUCCAUUUUUAGUUGCAUCACCAUUAAUUAGUUCACCAUUAUCUAAUACAACUCCAUUAUCAACACUUGGUUCAACUCUUUCAACUCAUGGACAAUCAUCAUCAAUUAUUGAUCCAAUUAAUGAUACGCCAGUUGAUUUUUCUGUACCAAUUCCUAGUAAAAUCAAUUCAAUAACUUCAAGGUAUAUUAAUCAUUCAAGAAGAACUUCAGGUUCUUUACUUUCAUCUGCAGGCGGAGGAUUGUAUAAUUUUAUUGAUAUUGAUGAAGCUGAAGAAGAGGAUGAUGAAGAAGAUGAUGAAGAAGAAGAAGAUGAAGAAGAAGAUGAUGAUGUAACAUACUAUGAUUCUACAAAUAAUACUAAAGUUACAACUCCAGGCAAUACUAUCAAUAUAGAAAAAGUUGAACCAACCAUAUUUGGAGUUAAGAGUCCCUUUGAUAGUUAAUACAUUCUUUAUAAUCGUUUAUAAUUUUAGCAUAGUCAUUACAAAUACAAAUAAAAAUAAUAUAUAAUAUAAUGGAUUUA